CAAAUGCGUUGCCAAAAUUUGUGUCGACAGAGUCUGGGGAUCAAAAAGAUUUGUCUGCCGCUUAUCAUUUUCCUUUCACUGCAGCUCGUCUUGAUCCGGGCGGAUGAUGUUGAGGUGGUGAAGGCAAUCGCUGGCAACGGUGGCAAUGAUGAGCUCGCAAUGGGGCUUAGCGAUCAAGACAAUGAGGUGGAUCAAAUGGCACUCGAAUCGGAGCAGGAACAGCAACAACAACAGCAGCAGCAGCAACAACAGCAACAACAGCAGCAGCAGCAGCAGCAGCAACAACAACAGCAACAACAACAACAGCAACAAUCUGGGCCCAAGAUUCAGGUGCAUUAUCAUCACAAUGGUCCACCACAGGCACCACCCGGUCUGAGUUUAGGCCUUGGACCCGCUAGAAGCAGCAACCAUCAGAAUAUACCGAUGAGCUUUGGCCAGCCGUUUGGACCACCACCACCGCCAGGUGCACAAUUUUAUAAGGGACCACCGCCGCCAGUGCCACAGCGAGGACCACUCGUACAGGGGCCAUCGCUGGCAUCGCAGGUGCAGCAGGUGCAGGUGCAAUCGCUGCCCGAUCUGAGCGUGGGUGCGUCGAGCAACAAUGAGAUUUGGGCAUCACCCGUCCAGGAUAUGCCCAAGAUUGUGUCGCUGGAUGUGAAGUGCGAGAAGAACGGCAUGAAGGUGUUCGUUCAGUUUGAUAAACCGUUUAACGGCAUCGUCUUCUCCAAGGGACACUACAGCAACAUGAACUGUGUGCAUCUGCCAUCCGGAUUGGGUCGCAGCUCUGCCAGCUUCGAUAUUGGUUUGCAUGAGUGCGGCACCGCUGGCAAUACGGAUAACUACAAUCAGGGCUAUGGCCAUGAGGCGGCCGGUAGUGCUGCUGGUGCCGGUACCUAUUUCGAGAACAUCAUUGUCAUCCAGUACGAUCCGCAGGUGCAGGAGGUGUGGGAUCAGGCGCGCAAGCUACGUUGCACGUGGCAUGAUCAGUACGAGAAGAGUGUCACAUUUCGACCCUUCCCCGUUGACAUGCUGGAUGUGGUACGGGCCGAUUUUGCUGGCGACAAUGUCGGUUGCUGGAUGCAAAUCCAGGUGGGCAAAGGUCCCUGGGCAUCGGAAGUCUCUGGGCUGGUGAAGAUCGGUCAGACAAUGACAAUGGUGCUGGCAAUCAAGGAUGAUGACUCCAAAUUCGAUAUGCUUGUGCGCAACUGUGUCGCUCACGAUGGCAAACGUGCACCCAUCCAGCUGGUCGAUCAACGCGGCUGCGUGACACGACCCAAACUGAUGUCCCGCUUCACCAAAAUCAAGAACUUUGGGGCGUCUGCAUCGGUGCUGUCGUAUGCCCACUUCCAGGCGUUCAAGUUUCCCGAUUCGAUGGAGGUACACUUUCAGUGCACCAUACAAAUCUGCCGCUACCAUUGCCCGGAUCAGUGCAGUGCCGAAACAAACCUUCAGGAUGUCCACCAUUUGCAAGUGGGACCCGAAUCGCAGUAUGGACCACCGCCACAGCUCCAUGUGGAUGCCUAUCAUGUGGCCAGUGCAAUUGGUAAGCGUCGCGAUGAGCGUCGGGUGCAGCGUCGUGCUCGAGCUGUUGCAACGCCAACGGAGCAAGUGGGCCUGAAUCGCAUCAUUAAGGUUGUCUCCUCCGGUGAUCUGACCUUUGCCAUCGAUGAGCAGGCGGGCAAUGGUAAUGGUUCCGCCGUUAAUGCCGGCAACACAUUGCCACAGACCAUGGUAUUCCCGGUGAGGGAGGAGGGUUUGAUUUGUAUGACAACGCCCGGUUUUGCCAUUACGUUGAUUGUGCUGUUGGGCAUAUUAGUCACCUCGUGUCUGAUCUCGGCAGUGCUCUAUGUCCGACUGCGGCCCUUCUCCAGUUUUGCCGCCAAGGAGCGAGCCGUCGCCUUUACGAAUCCACAGCUGGCGGCUGGCGCUCUGCCCGUCAUCCAUUUGCCAUCGCCGGUGGAUGCGCUGCCGGGCACGCUCUCCAAGAAGCGGGCGCUCUCAUGAGCGUCAACAGUUUUAAUGAUCCAUCCCGAACAUCCACUUCAGCCACUCCAGCUACUCCAUCCACUCCAGCCAUCCAUUCAGGAUGUCUGCCCCUCAGUUUGAAUUCGUCUGCUAAUUGCUAAUUGCUAUUCAUUAGUUUAAUUUUUGUCACAGAUCUAUCUAUAAUUAUGUAGUUCAUGCCGUUUUACUGGGUUCUCCUCUCACAAUCCCUAUCCGUAUCUAA